AUGAAUGAUAACUGGAAAAACAAAUGGUUAAAUGAAUUAAUCAAAGAGACAGACGAUGUAUUAUUUCCAAAUGUCCGUUAUUUAUUAAUUUUUUUGGCAGCAUUACCUGUAUCAACAGCUUCUGCUGAAAGAAGUUUCAGCCAAUUGUCGAGAAUUAAAAAUUAUUGUCGUUCUACAACGAAACAAAAUAGACUCAACGGAUUUGCUGCUGCAUACAUUCAUAAAGAUUUGGAUAUAAAUUCAAGUGAAAUAUUGACAUUAUAUACACAAAUGCAUCAUCGUCGUCUUGAUUUUGGUACUUGA